CGGUGAUAGGACAAAAUGAGAACAUCUAAGCCUAUCAAAGGGCACCAUGUGGGCGGGACUCCAGAAGCAAGUCCUGCUUAGAUUAGAGCCUCCUGCUCUGGGUCCCCAAGACGAGCCUGUAUCUGCCGCCGCCCUCUGGGGGCGGGCGGAGGUGGAGCUGGGUGCCGCAGCAUGCAAUCGGGACCGCCUGCGACCCGGCCUGGUGGGGGCCGGACUCUGGAGCCGAGGUCGCCUGGAACCGGCGGGCUGCCUUCGAGCAGUGUUAGCGUCACCACAGAACCUAAGUGAGAGGGCAAGGGCAGGGCCAGGUAGGGCGCAAGGGCGCUGGAGGAAGCUUCGCAGACGCGAGCGGGAGUCCCGCUCGCCAUGGGGGAGGUGGAGAUCUCGGCCAGAGCCUACGUGAAAAUGUGCCUGCACGCAGCUCGGUAUCCGCAUGCCGCGGUCAACGGGCUGUUGCUGGCGCCGGCGCCGGCGUCGGGAGAAUGCCUGUGCCUCACCGACUGUGUGCCCCUGUUCCACAACCACCUGGCCCUGUCUGUCAUGCUGGAGGUCGCCCUCAACCAGGUGGAUGUGUGGGGCGCGCAGACCGGUCUGGUAGUGGCUGGGUACUACCAUGCCAAUGCAGCUCUGAACGACCAGAGCCCUGGGCCCCUGGCCUUGAAAAUUGCUGGGCGGAUUGCAGAAUUCUUCCCUGGUGCAGUACUUAUUAUGUUGGAUAAUCAGAAACUGGUGCCUCAGUCUCAUGUGCCCCCAGUCAUCGUCCUGGAGAACCAUGGUGCCCGUUGGGUCCCCAAGGACAAGAACCUAGUGAUGUGGAGGGACUGGGAAGAGUCACGGCAGAUGGUGGGAGCACUACUGGAAGGCCGGGCCUACCAGCACCUUGUGGACUUUGACUGCCAUCUCGAUGACAUCCGGCAGGACUGGACCAACCAGCAGCUUAACACUCGAAUCACCCAGUGGGUUGGUCCCUCCAAUGGAAAUGUCUGAGCCAGGGCCGGGGUACAUGUGUCAAGAUCCAAUAAAGAGACUUGAGCUGA